AUGGCCGGUGAAAUCACUCGUCCGGCUCACGAUAACAUCAUUAAGAACGCCGAUAACCGCGUAAUAAUCUCCGCUCCACAAACGACGAGCAAGAAGAGGCCGGCCUCGGAGAUGAUGGAGGUGGGCUCCGGGAGAUUCGCCCGACGAGGCGAAUACGAGUCUUGUUGGGCGGUGAUCAACGAUAACAACACAAAUCUUGGCGUGAUUCCGACCGUUCUCCCGACCAAAUCCGGAUCGACUCAUGUCCCGUUUUCCGGUUCGAGUUCAAGUCAUGGCGUGAUGAUUCCGACCGUUCUUCCGACUAAAUCCGGAUCGACUCAUGUCCCGUUUUCUGGUUUGAGCUCGUGCUACAAUCAUGAUUCUUCAUCCUCUACGGCACCCGUAUGUGGAUUCUCAGGCCUGCCGUUAUUCCCACCUCCGAAUGUAGAUAUUAACACCACCGUCAAUUCUUCCUUCGGCGGUGGUGUCGGCGGUGGUGUGAUGAUCGACGAUCAAAUGGCGUGGAUCGACACUAUCAUAAAAGAUCUCGUCUACAACUCGACCAACAACAACAACAGUAAUGUCAUAGCAAAUAUUUCGCAACUAAUCCUCAACGUUCGGGAGAUAAUCCACCCUUCGAAUCCUACUCUCGCCACUAUCCUCGAGCAUAGGCUCAAAUCUCUCAUUUACGACGACCCACAAAUACUACUACAAUACAACGCCAAUGCUCCUCCUCCUCCGACGACGACGACUCGGAACAUGAAUAUCAUCACCACAAAGCACCCGUUGGCAAGCAACAUCAUCAAUACCACCUUAUCGCACGACCACACUUGGCGGCCUCAUAAUCCUCCUCCGAAUAUGGUCCUUUCGAGUAGUAGUAGUAGUUGUAAUACGGUCCCGAUUCCUCCACCUCCUCCGAAUAUGGUCCUCCCGAGUAAUCCUCAAAUUGCUCGAGAAGCCGAGGACGAGCCAAACAACAAGAGCCCAUUAUCAUCAACGAGUAAUCCCCACGAUUCGUCGAUAAUUAUUCGGGAAAGGGAUGACGAGCGAAGGAGGAAAAAACUCGAGCAUCAUCGGCAGCAAGAUGAACAAGGCCUUCACCUACUCACUCUACUCUUGCAAUGCGCGGAGGCCGUUUCAGCCGAUAACUUGGAAGAGGCGAACACGAUGCUCCUCGAAAUCUCGCAACUGGCCACGCCUUUCGGGACCUCCGCACAACGUGUUGCCGCCUAUUUUUCCGAGGCGAUGUCAGCAAGAAUACUCACUUCGUGUCUCGGAUUUUACACUAAUAACAAUUAUUCCCUCCCGAUCGCCCCACACCCGCACAAGAUAACCUCUGCAUUUCAGGUCUUCAACGGCAUUAGCCCAUUUGUCAAGUUCUCGCAUUUCACGGCUAACCAGGCCAUUCAACAGGCCUUCGACAGGGAAGAUCGGGUCCACAUCAUUGACCUAGACAUCAUGCAAGGCCUUCAGUGGCCCGGACUAUUCCAUAUACUAGCGUCACGGCCCGGUGGGCCUCCGUUUGUUCGACUCACGGGGCUUGGAAGUUCUACCGAGGCCCUUGAGGCUACUGGUAAGCGCCUCUCUGAUUUUGCGGAGAAGUUGGGAUUGCCGUUCGAAUUCUCCCCUGUUGCGGAUAAAGUGGGGAAUUUGAACCCGGAAAGGCUGAAUGUGAGGAAGAGGGAAGCUGUUGCGGUUCACUGGCUGCAGCAUUCGCUGUAUGAUGUCACGGGUUCCGACGCAAACACGCUGUGGCUCUUGCAGAGAUUAUCGCCUAAAGUUGUGACAGUCGUGGAGCAAGACCUUAGUCACGGAGGCUCGUUCUUGGGCCGAUUCGUGGAAGCCAUACACUACUACUCGGCCCUUUUCGACUCCUUGGGAGCUUGCUACGGAGAAGAAAGCGAGGAAAGGCACGUCGUGGAGCAGCAGCUUCUUUCGAGGGAGAUCAAGAACGUAUUGGGCUUGGGCUUCUUCGGAUCAGGCCCGUCAUCUUCGCUCAAAUUCAACAAUUGGAGGGAAAAGCUUCAACAGUCGGGCUUCAAAGGCGUGUCGUUAGCCGGAAAUGCAGCGGCUCAGGCGACCCUUUUGCUCGGAAUGUUCCCUUGCGACGGGUACACGCUCGUCGAGGAUAACGGGGCGCUUAAGCUCGGGUGGAAGGAUUUGUGCUUGCUUACUGCUUCUGCUUGGAGGCCAAUAAGCAACUUUCAAGUACCAUUAUCCUCUAUUGAAUAA